AUGGUCGAUGACUUCUGGCAGCGACUCGUUCACCAGGUCGCCGAGGAGGAACCUGCUGUUCGGCAUGCAGCUAUUGCUUUGAGUUCUAUGCAUUGGAAAUUUAUGCAAGAGGCCGACUCUUUCAAAUCAAAGGCCCUUUCUAUGCCUAAGCCUAGUGUGGAUAGAAGCACAUCUUUCACUCUAGCGCAGUGCACCAAGGUCCUUGUUUCUCUGCGGCAGAGACUAACGAAGGGAUAUACAUAUACGACACGCAGCACACAUAGAGAGGUGGUUCUUGUUUCAUGUAUCAUGUUAGUGUCGCUGUCUCUCUUCCAGGGCGAUGUUAAGGCCAUGACCUCGCACCUACGGUCCGGCUAUAAUGUGCUUAUGGAAUGGCAGAAAGUCAAUUUCGACGGAAAUCCCUCGGGGCUGGUCCUAAUGCGCACAAUUUCAGAUCUACAGCUACACCGGAUUACAUUCUCUCAGCCACAACAUGAUAAAGAAUCAGAAGCGGACGAUUUACCGCUCUGGCAGGCGAUUACCGUAUGCCGGCCUGUAUAUGGGCAGUCGGAAGUGUUUGAAAGUGGCUUUUCGUUUGUCCUUGGGGCGGCUAUCACGUCGAAUUACCCGCAGGGAUUCGAACUCCGCGUAGGAUCUAGUCUACAGAGGUUGAACACCGCCCUUGCCGAUCUACUCUAUCAGAAUAGCGUGGAAAAGACGCUUAUGGAGAGAUUGAUGAAUUGGAAGAGCGAGUUUCGUGCUUUCAUUUCGGUACAUAGGGAUACGCUAUCGCCACAAGACCGUGGCCCGAUAAUAUUGAUCGAGCUAUGGACUAUGGCCAGUGAUAUCAUACUUGGUUCUCUUCAGAGGCCCCUGGAUGAGAUGUCUUAUGACUCCUUUUUGCUUUUAUUCAAGCGAAUGAACGAGUUGGCGGCGCUUUACUUGAGCUUAGCAGAGCAAUCUUCGAUGUUCUCCACUAAACCUAUGCUUCUGCAAAUCCUCCAUUUCAAUGCCACUAAAUGCCGCGACUGGCAUACCCGUCGGGAGACAUUACGCCUAGUGCGUGACUUCCCACGACGAGAAGGUUUCUGGACAUCUGAUCAUCUCGCCGCUGCGUUAGAACACGUUAUCAAACAGGAGUCUGCUGGUUCGACGCCUAAUGAUGUGAUUCCGCGCGCAGCUCGUAUUGACAUGCUGCAUCUCAGUCCUUUGGAUCAGAGCAAGUUCAAUAUAUGGUAUCAUCGACCUUGCACUUCCGAGGAGGUUGCUAAUGGUGCUGAUGUCCAUGGAGUGUGGACAAACGUGGUGCUAUCAGCUUAA